UCUGCCUACCGAUGGGUUAAUGUAUCGCUGUUUUUCACAUCACUAUUUCAACUCCACGUUGUUUUUUGGAACGCUGAAUUUUUAUCAUUUUAAAACGCAAAAUAACACAAAUGGGACGCAAAUUUCAAAAGAAAAAGAAGGUCGAGCAGCUGGAGAUUGUGCCGCUGGAUGAGAAUCCACCAUUGCCUGCACAAAGACCAUCCGAUGAUGUUGUGCCGAAAAAGGAAAAGUGGAUAAACAAACAGCGCGUUUUGGUGUUCGCAGCCCGUGGUAUCAGCCACAGGGAUCGACAUCUGAUGCGUGAUAUUAAAUCCUUGAUGCCUCAUCAUCGUGCCGAGUCCAAAAUGGAGCGCUCCAAAACAUUGGCGGUCAUCAAUGAAAUGUCCGAGAUGAAGCAUUGCAAUAAAGCCAUGCUGUUUGAGGGACGCCGCAAAAGGGAUCUGUAUAUGUGGGUGGCCAAUACGGCUGCAUCUACAGGACCCUCUGCCAAAUUUCUCAUUGAGAAUAUACACACAAUGGCGGAACUGAAGCUGACGGGAAAUUGCUUGAAAGGCUCACGUCCAUUUCUAUCAUUUGAUGCCAAAUUCGAUGAGCUGCCACAUCUGAAGCUGCUGAAGGAGCUGUUUGUGCAGACAUUUGGUGUGCCCAACCAUCAUCCCAAGAGUCAGCCGUUCAUUGAUCACGUCUACACAUUCACAUUCCUGGACAAUCGCAUUUGGUUCAGGAAUUUCCAGAUUCUAUCGGAAGAUGGUGGGCUGUCGGAGGUGGGACCACGCUAUGUCAUGAAUCCCGUCAAGAUAUUUGAUGGCUCGUUCACGGGCAAGACCAUCUGGGAAAAUCCCGAUUAUGUUAGUCCCUCCAAGCAGCGACAAAUGCUGAAGAAGGCGGCCAAGGACAAAUAUGUGAAUCGUGUGGAACAAAAGGUUCAACACGAGGCAACGCGUCCAACGAAGGCUUACGAGGGCAUCGAGAAUGAGGAGCUGUUUGACGACGAGGAUCCACUGGAAACAGCCAAGUUGCUGGCACUUAAAGCCAAAAAGAAGGCACUAGAAACUAAAACACCUAAGGCGGCGUUGACCAAGAAGAUCAAGGACAAACAGUUGAAGGCCGUGCAACAGGUUAUUGAACAAAGAAAGGCAAGGGUGAAACGUGAGAAAAAAGUUUAAAUGUUUUAUUUCGCUUUACAAUUACGAAUAAAUACAUAAUUCAUAAAUACAUA